AUGAAUAAGUCAGCAUUUCAUCCGCGCCUCGCGUACGAAUGCGUUCAACUCCUGUCGAACCACUACCCUGAGCGUCUAGGCAUGGCCCUCUGCGUUAUGCCCGGCCCCGCCUUCAGGGGUCUUUGGCACGCGUGCAAGCUCCUCCUUCCACCAACCACAGCGGCAAAAGUCAAGGUCAUUCAGUCGAGUGAGAAGUUUCGAUUUCACCUGGAGACGGUGUGCUCGCAGGAGACCACAGACUGGCUCGUGACAGAGGUCCUGCUCAACCAGUGCAGGAAAACUCUCUCCACGGAACAACGCGCAUUUUGGCUGGCACCGCAGACGCCAGGACUGCACGAUCCACGCGGGACACCGGAGUACACUUGCCGCUGGUUGGGUGGAAGCGCAAAUCACCAUAGACCCCACCCGAAUAUGCUUGGACCGUCAUUGAAUCAAAGUCUCGGACAACUGGAUAUAGUGGAUGGAAGGGAAGACGACUUACUAGAAGAGGAAGUUGAUGAGGAGCGAUGUACAAGUUGUGAUGAACAAGGCGUUUUAAAUUUCCUCUGA